CCUUAGGACAUUGCUUUUCAUUCUUCGAAUUGUUCUUCGAAUUGUUCUCUCAUUCAAUUAGUUAACUUUCUCUCUCUUCUCCGAAAGCAAACUUCUCUCUCUUCUUCAAGAUGCAGAUCUUUGUCAAAACCCUAACCGGCAAGACCAUCACUCUCGAGGUCGAAAGCUCUGAUACAAUCGACAACGUGAAAGCUAAGAUUCAAGACAAGGAAGGAAUUCCUCCGGACCAACAGAGAUUGAUCUUCGCCGGCAAACAGCUCGAGGACGGCCGGACUCUCGCUGAUUACAACAUCCAGAAGGAGUCGACUCUCCAUCUCGUUCUCAGGCUUCGCGGAGGUAUGCAGAUCUUCGUCAAAACCCUAACUGGCAAGACCAUCACGCUCGAGGUCGAGAGCUCCGACACGAUCGAUAACGUGAAAGCCAAGAUCCAAGACAAGGAGGGAAUUCCUCCGGAUCAGCAGCGGCUGAUUUUCGCCGGCAAACAGCUUGAGGACGGCCGGACUCUCGCCGAUUACAAUAUCCAGAAGGAGUCGACUCUCCAUCUGGUUCUCAGGCUUCGCGGAGGUAUGCAGAUUUUCGUCAAAACCCUAACCGGCAAGACCAUCACGCUCGAGGUUGAAAGCUCCGACACAAUUGACAAUGUGAAAGCUAAGAUCCAAGAUAAGGAAGGGAUCCCUCCUGAUCAACAGCGUUUGAUUUUCGCCGGAAAGCAGCUCGAGGAUGGUCGGACUCUGGCCGAUUACAACAUACAGAAGGAGUCCACCCUCCAUUUGGUUCUGAGGCUUCGCGGUGGGAUGCAGAUCUUUGUAAAGACUCUCACUGGAAAGACAAUUACUUUGGAAGUGGAGAGCUCGGACACCAUUGAUAACGUGAAGGCCAAAAUCCAAGACAAGGAGGGCAUUCCUCCGGACCAACAGAGAUUGAUCUUUGCUGGUAAGCAGCUCGAGGACGGGAGGACUCUUGCGGACUACAACAUUCAGAAGGAGUCUACGCUGCAUUUGGUGUUGAGGCUUAGGGGAGGAAUGCAGAUAUUUGUUAAGACAUUGACUGGGAAGACCAUCACAUUGGAGGUGGAAAGUUCGGAUACAAUUGAUAAUGUCAAGGCUAAGAUUCAGGACAAGGAGGGUAUUCCACCGGAUCAGCAGAGAUUGAUCUUUGCUGGAAAACAGCUCGAGGAUGGGCGCACUCUUGCUGAUUACAACAUCCAGAAGGAGUCGACCCUGCACCUUGUCCUUCGUCUCCGUGGUGGUAUGCAGAUCUUUGUCAAAACCCUAACUGGCAAGACAAUCACGCUCGAAGUCGAAAGCUCCGACACGAUCGAUAACGUGAAAGCCAAAAUCCAAGACAAGGAAGGAAUUCCUCCGGAUCAGCAGCGAUUAAUUUUUGCCGGAAAACAGCUCGAGGACGGCCGGACCCUCGCCGAUUACAACAUCCAGAAGGAGUCGACUCUCCAUCUCGUUCUCAGGCUUCGAGGAGGUAUGCAGAUCUUCGUCAAGACCCUAACUGGCAAGACCAUCACUCUCGAGGUUGAGAGUUCCGACACCAUCGACAACGUGAAAGCUAAGAUCCAAGACAAGGAAGGAAUUCCUCCCGAUCAGCAGCGGUUGAUCUUCGCCGGAAAACAGCUUGAGGACGGCCGGACUCUCGCCGAUUACAACAUCCAGAAGGAGUCCACUUUACACCUUGUGCUCCGUCUCCGAGGUGGAAUGCAGAUUUUCGUCAAAACCCUAACUGGCAAGACCAUCACGCUCGAGGUCGAAAGCUCUGACACAAUUGACAACGUGAAAGCUAAGAUCCAAGACAAGGAAGGGAUCCCUCCCGAUCAACAGCGUUUGAUUUUCGCCGGAAAACAGCUAGAGGAUGGUCGGACUCUCGCUGAUUACAACAUACAGAAGGAGUCCACUCUCCAUUUGGUUCUGAGGCUUCGUGGUGGGAUGCAGAUCUUCGUGAAGACUCUAACUGGAAAGACGAUUACUUUGGAAGUGGAGAGCUCGGACACCAUUGAUAACGUGAAGGCCAAAAUCCAAGAUAAGGAGGGCAUUCCUCCGGACCAACAGAGAUUGAUCUUUGCCGGUAAGCAGCUCGAGGAUGGAAGGACUCUCGCAGACUACAACAUCCAGAAGGAGUCUACGCUGCAUUUGGUGCUGAGGCUCAGGGGAGGAAUGCAAAUAUUUGUGAAGACACUAACUGGGAAGACCAUCACAUUGGAGGUGGAAAGUUCGGACACAAUUGAUAAUGUCAAGGCUAAGAUUCAGGACAAGGAGGGGAUUCCACCGGAUCAGCAGAGAUUGAUCUUUGCUGGUAAGCAGCUUGAGGAUGGGCGCACUCUUGCUGAUUACAACAUCCAGAAGGAGUCAACCCUUCACCUCGUCCUUCGUCUCCGUGGUGGUGAUUUCUGAAAUCCCAGCAUUUAAGUUAUUGGUUUGUGCUUCUGCUUGUUAUGGUUCUAGUUGGUUUGUCCGUGGUGUAGAUAGUUUCUAAAUGUUGUGUAGUUUCUUCUUACUAGUACAUCUUUUGGGUGCUAAAUGUUUUGACUCUUCUUCAUAAUUGAAUAAAAUCAUGUCCGUGUUUGGUAUA